AUGGACGACAUAUUCCAAUGCAACAAAGCCAUCUCCUCCUUACGCAGACAGCACCGGUGGGAAUCAGUCCUCGAUCUGGUGGCCGCCAUGCAGCAGCUUCGGGUCACGCCGGACACGUCUUCGUUGAACAUUUGCAUUGCUGCUCAUCAGCAAAGUGGCCGGCCUCUGCUGAAAUGGGCUCCUGCUCUACAUCUGCUGGCAGAGCUUCACGCUGGAGUGGGGGUGGGGCUGCGUGCAGAUUUGAUUAGCUUCAACACCUGCAUGUGCUUUGAAGGCGACCGCCUUGGACCGUUCUGGCCACUGGCUUUGUCGUUGCUGGACGAAACUGCAAAGAGGGGCAUGACGUCUGAUUUGUUCAGCUUCAGCGGCGUGCUGCGAGCUUGUUCAAGAGAUGCCGCUGGCAGAUGGGUGCAGUCGUGCGAGUUACUGGCAUCCGUGCAGCAGCUUGUAAACUGCAAUGUGGUUAUGCAGAACUCUGUGCUUGCUGCUUGUGAGGGUGCAGGUUCUUGGACGCAAGCCCUGCGCCGAUUAGCUGCUAUGGCCAUGUCUUGGUGCCUACCAGACGUGAUCAGCCUCACAAGUGCGACCAGCUCUAUGGGAAGGAAGUGGGUGCUUGCAUUGCAAACACUCCGACAGCUCGGACAAGUCUACCCAAAUUUGAUCACAUGGAACGCCAUCUUAAGUGCAUGUUCCUCGGCUUCAAGCUGGCAGCAUGCGGUGUCGAUAUUUCUUGGUUUUACUGAUCAUGGGGUCCGGCCGGACACCAUCUCAUUGAACAGCCUUACAUGUCAUUCUGAUGAUGGGCCGUUCUGGAAGUAUGGCUUGCACUUGGUGCGCAGUGUCUCUCCGCAGCUGGCACUGUCACCCGACGAGAUCAGCUGCAACAGUAUCAUGACCUCUUCUGAGAGAGCUGGCGCUUGGAGACAGUCGCUGGGACUGUCCAGUCACAUGUCCAAGAUGCGAGUGCGGUGUACGGUCGUCACACUUGGAAGAACGGUCUGUGCUUGGACAAGAGGAAGUCAAUGGAGCCAGGCGCUGCAGGCCUUUGUUCAAAUGGCUCGAGCGCAUGUCCGCGCAAACGUAAUUACGUUCAACAAUGCCCUGGGCGCUUGUGAAAACGACUGGCUUUUAGUGAUGCAACUGCUGGAAGAAUUGCGCACGAGCUGGCUUGCAAGCAACGCUGUGAGCUACAGCAGCGCUGCAAACGCCCUAGCCAGAAGUGCUGAAAACACCGAGCAGAAGCGGUGGCCAUCAUCGUUGAGUCUCUGGGAUCAUAUGAACAUAGCAGGUAUUGCCUCCAACGAAAUGGUCCACAACGGCUUCAUCAAUGCGUGCGGUGGCGCCACCUGGAACAUGGCAUUGGACCACGUCUUUUGCAUGGUAACUUUGCGCAUAGCGCCCAAUCUCAUAAGUAUAAACUCGGCCAUUGCAGCUUGUCAGUCAAUAUCUUCUUGGCUUGCUGUGUUGAAUUUAUUCCGGUACAUGCCCCGGGCUGAGCUGACGCCCGACCUGAUCAGCUAUGCCAACGCUGCCGAUGCAUGUGCUCGGGCGGGCCAAGUGCAUCCUACCUUGAAGCUCCUCAAGCUGUGUGAUUCGAUCAGUUGGAAAGAUGCGGAGCCGACAAAUCCACUCGGUCUGUCAUGA